AAAAGUUUGGUGUUUAAUCGUAGGUAGUUAGUUGUCUCUGGAGUUUAUAUUGAAUAUUUGACUAUUAUAAAGACAUUAGUCCAACAAAAAUAUAUCAAUUAACCAGGAUUUGAAGAUCUUUAUCCAUGUUUUGAUUUAGUAAAUGGACAAAUCUAAACGUCUCUCAAGACCGUCAAAAAAGUUUAAAUCAUUAAAAAAGAUCGAUUCCAAAGAGAAUUCUUCGAAUUUAGAAUUGAAAUCUAGAUACGAAAGACUUUUGAAAGAAAACGCCGAGUUAGAUAAAGCUAUUAAAGAAUUUGAAGAUAAUGGUGUUACAACUGAUCUUCAUCCUCAAAUGGACGCCCUCCAUGAAUAUAAUGAAAUGAAGGAUCUAGCCCAAAUGAUUUUAGGUUAUUUGGCCGAUGCCGAACAUGUUACUGUAACUGAAUUACAUAAACGGUUCAACUUACCCAUCGAUUAAAUUAUUUUUUUUUAACAGUUUUAGGUAAAUAAUCAAAUCGAAAUGUCGGAAAGUUCCGAAGACGCCUCACAAUCGAAUAAAUCGAACGAAAAAGACAAUAUCUGUCGAGAUUUUUUACGCGGAACGUGCAACAGAAACAACUGUAAAUAUAAACACGAAAACGAAAUAAAACCCUUGAAUUUCUGUCACGAUUUCCAAAACAACGUCUGCCCCAGGCCGUUUUGCAAAUUUAUCCAUUGUUCUCCGAACGAGGCCGAUCAUUACAAACGUACCGGACAGAUGACGCCGCAAAUCCUUUCCGAAGUUACGUUAAAGAAUCUGCUGCCGGAUCCGCCGCCCGUCUGCGAUCAAUUCAGACGCGGCCAAUGCCGUAGAUCCAACUGCAAAUACCGCCACAUCACCAAAGAACAAGAAGAAGCCGAAAUUGUCAACGGCGAACACCAGAAACAACGUUCUUUGCUAUACGACAACGAUAACGGUAAUAUCGCCGAACCGCAGCUGGUGCCAUUGGAAUCUGUCAGAGGUAUUCUUAGGAGAAACGGCGUAAGUUACGACGAAUAUAAAGACGACGGACUUCCGUUGAUAAAACGGAGGUACGCCGCGAUGUCCGAACAAGAAAUGAUAUCUUGCGAUUUUUUGGAAUCUCGACUCGGUCCUUAUUUCAAAGGAUAUUUCGCCGGCGUUCCCCCUCAGGGUUAUUUCGCCGGUAAUCCCCCGCCGCAUAUGUUGGCCCGAGCUAAUGCCAGAACUUUAAUGUUGGUGGAAGAAAAUGCAAUGUUACUGAAAGAAAACGCUCGACUCAAAAAACAAGUAUCGAAUCUGACAGCCACCAAUGAAUUUUUAUUAGAACAAAACGCCGCGUUGCGCGUCAACGACAAACGUAACGGUACGGUAAACGUACCGGCCGUUAGCAUAACGAAUUCCCAAACGCCCCAACAAGUUAAUAGGACAGUGAUAGCCAGCGUAGCCACCGUACCGGUAUCUCUGGCGACGGUAUCCACCUGUAACCCGGUAUCUAUUACCGGUUGUCCCGCUGUUAGCAUGGCCCCAGCGCAGAUUUUAGCCAACAGCCAACAAAUAUUAGUGACGACAAAUCCUACGACCCAAUUAGCGAUCGCCAAUAGUUCCCAGGCCCAAUUGGCGAUAGCCCAACAGAAUCUCGCAACGAACCUCGCCGCCGCCCAACAGGCCGCCCAACCUCAAUUGACGUCGCAAGCUCAACACAUGGCCAAUCAACAGAUGGCGUUGGCUACUGCGGCCGGUCCCCAAUUGACGACGCAAGCGCAACAACUCGCCUUGGCGGCCGGUACUAAUCAGCAAUUGACGUCGCAAGCUCAACAAUUGGCUUUGGCCAGUACCAAUCAACAGUUGAGUACCCAACCUCAACAGUUGACCGUCACGAACGUACCUCAGCAAUUAGCUUUAGCCAGUACUAAUCAACAAUUGAUUGCUCAACAAAAUUUGGCGUCGGAGAUUCACAGGAGCACCUCGCAAGCUAUAGCGAUGUCUAAUGCCGCUUCUCAACCGAUGGUGUCGUACCCGAUAAUGACUCAAAGUAUUAAUCACGCUAUGACGCAUUAGUUGACGGUGUUUUGUGGAUUCGGCUACGGGCGUCGUACUUAUUGUUGAUGUUUUUUCAUUUUUUUUUUUUUUUUUGGCGAAAAACUGGAAUCGGAAUUGUUUUUGGUACUAUAUUGGAUGUUUUUUGGCUCUGUUUUGAUGAAUGAAUCAAUUAUAUAUCAAUUUAAUUCAACAAUUGGGUAUAAAAUUGAUUUUUGGGCAGUUUUGAUUCGUCCAAAAAGAUUUUGUCUUUUCAUAUAUUUAGAAAUCCUCAAUCCUGAAAAAAUUUGAGACUUUUUACUAUAAUAUUUCUUGAAUUGUAGAGCUUCGAAUAAAUUGUUCGAUAUGUAAACUUUAACGCCCCAUAUCUCACUAACGCUUCUUUGGAUGACUCUAUUAUAUUUUGGGGCGUAAAUUUAGAGUAUUCCUAUCAAAUUUACCACAAAAUAUGUCAAUUUGAGCACAAAAUCCGAGCAGAUUGUUUAUUUAAUAACUUGGAUUCUUCCUAAUACUGAUUUACCUUCUCAUUUCGUUCAUAUCGUCGAAAUUCUUUAUUCUGGAAAGUUGUAUGAAUUAUUUACCAAAUUAAGAAGAAUUUCUGUAAGAAUCGUUAAAAUUUCAGAUCGUUUACUAAAAUAUUUUUCGAUUUGUUGAGCUUCGAAUCAAUUUUCCAUCGUUUUGUGAACUUUAACGCCCCAUAUCUCAUUAACGCUUCUUUGGAUGACUCUAUUAUAUUUUGGGGCGUAAAUUUAGAGUAUUCCUAUCAAAUUUACCACAAAAUAUGUCAAUUUGAGCACAAAAUCCUAGCAGAUUGUUUAUUUAAUAACUUGGAUUCUUCCUAAUACUGAUUUACCUUCUCAUUUCGUUCAUAUCGUCGAAAUUCUUUAUUCUGGAAAGUUGUAUGAAUUAUUUACCAAAUUAAGAAGAAUUUCUGUAAGAAUCGUUAAAAUUUCAGAUCGUUUACUAAAAUAUUUUUCGAUUUGUUGAGCUUCGAAUCAAUUUUCCAUCGUUUUGUGAACUUUAACGCCCCAUAUCUCAUUAACGCUUCUUUGGAUGACUCUAUUAUAUUUUGGGGCGUAAAUUUAGAGUAUUCCUAUCAAAUUUACCACAAAAUAUGUCAAUUUGAGCACAAAAUCCGAGCAGAUUGUUUAUUUAAUAACUUGGAUUCUUCCUAAUACUGAUUUACCUUCUCAUUUCGUUCAUAUCGUUGAAAUUCUUUAUUCUGGAAAGUUGUAUGAAUUAUUUACCAAAUUAAGAAGAAUUUCUGUAAGAAUCGUUAAAAUUUCAGAUCGUUUACUAAAAUAUUUUUCGAUUUGUUGAGCUUUGAAUCAAUUUUCCAUCGUUUUGUGAACUUUAACGCCCCAUAUCUCAUUAACGCUUCUUUGGAUGACUCUAUUAUAUUUUGGGGCGUAAAUUUAGAGUAUUCCUAUCAAAUUUACCACAAAAUAUGUCAAUUUGAGCACAAAAUCCUAGCAGAUUGUUUAUUUAAUAACUUGGAUUCUUCCUAAUACUGAUUUACCUUCUCAUUUCGUUCAUGUCGUUGAAAUUCUUUAUUACUUGUUACUUAUGAAUUUGAAAAGGAUUUGUAUAAGAAAAUUUCAUAUUUUUUACUGAAAUAUUCCACAAAUUUAUAGAACUUCGACAAAAUUUAUCUUUCGAUUUUCUAUAUGGAAACUUCGAUGCCCCAUAUCUUGCUCAUAUCUUUUGAACACCUCGUCCUAGAAAAUCAAAAGAAGUAUCUAUUUAUUCAAGAAGAAUUUCUAUACAAACCAUGACAUUUUCAAACUUCUAUCUCAAGUAUUUUUCAAAUUAUUGAGCUUCGAAUAAACGUUACCUUCAU